UUUUCCCGGUGGCCGGGAGAGAACAAGGACAUUGAGAGCGGAGGAGGAACGCGAGCUUAGGGUUUUCGGAGCCAUGAGCGAGGAGGGGAACAAGGCCAUGGAGAGCGCUCUGGCUAGUGCCUCAUCGAUCUCCGAUCAGCGGCAGAAGAUCGAGCAGUACAAGCUCAUCCUCGCCUCCGUCCUUGCUUCUUUGCCCUCGGACAUCUCCCAUGCCAAGCGCCUCAUCGAUCACUUGGUAUCGGAUGAUGUGCCGCUGGUGGUGUCAAGGCAGUUGUUCCAGAGCUUCGCCCAGGAGUUGGGAAGGUUGGAGCCGGGCGUGCAGAUGGAGAUUGCGCUGUAUGCGUUGGCUCAGAUCCAGCCCCGGGUUGUCUCUUUUGAAGAACAGGUCAUAGUGUUGCGGGAGAAGCUCGCAGAAAUGUAUGAAUCUGAGCACCAGUGGUCAAAAGCAGCGCAAAUGCUAAGUGGAAUUGAUCUGGACUCAGGAAUAAGGGUGCUUGAUGAAACAUACAAGCUGUCCAAGUGUGUGCAAAUUGCUCGCCUUUAUCUUGAGGAUGAUGAUGCAGUAAAUGCUGAAGCAUUUAUCAAUAAAGCUUCUUUUUUGGUCAGCAACAGUCCACAUGAGGUCUUGAAUUUACAAUAUAAGGUUUGUUAUGCAAGGAUAUUAGAUUUAAAACGGAAGUUUCUGGAAGCUGCACUUCGUUAUUAUGACAUUUCACAAAUUGAAAAACGACAAAUUGGGGACGAAGAGAUCAAUGAGGAUGCACUAGAGCAAGCUCUCAGUGCUGCUGUCACCUGCACUAUACUGGCCGCUGCAGGUCCGCAACGGUCUCGUGUCCUAGCUAACUUAUACAAGGAUGAGAGGUGCUCGAAGUUGAAGAUUUACCCAAUAUUGCAAAAGGUAUACUUGGAAAGGAUAUUGAGGAAGCCAGAAAUUGAUGCAUUUGCUGAAGAAUUGAAAGCACACCAGAAAGCUCUUUUACCAGAUAAUGUCACUGUGCUAGAUCGUGCCAUGAUUGAGCAUAACCUUUUGAGUGCAAGCAAGCUCUAUACAAACAUAAGUUUUGAAGAAUUAGGCACUUUAUUGGGUAUAGCACCACAAAAGGCUGAAAAGAUAGCUUCACGGAUGAUAUACGAGGAUAGAAUGAGGGGAUCAAUUGAUCAGGUUGAAGCUGUCAUUCAUUUUGAAGAUGACACUGAAGAACUGCAACUGUGGGAUCAGCAGAUUGUGGGUUUGUGCCAAGCACUCAAUGAUAUCCUUGACAGCAUGACAAGUAAGGGCGUUAUGGUACCAGUCUGAAUGGACAGUCCUACGCAAGCAUGCAACCCGAUGGCUGACAAAGCUCAAGUACGGUGGCUCCCACACCCAAGUAAACCGGCUUUUUGAUUUUAGGGAGAUUUUUCAUGGAAGAAACACUGUGUAUUGUUCAUGGAUCUGGAUUUCAACAGAAGAAAAAGAAUAGGAAGGAAAUAUCAUUGCUUUUUCUUUCAUUUUCCUUGGCAUUGGAUUGUCUUAUUUCAUUAUCAUCAUCAUUAUUA